AUGGCGAGGAUCGCCUCCCACGCCUGCUCGGAGGCCUCGGCGAGGGUAAGAAAUAAAACCGGCGCGAUGAAUUCUUUUUCCCGCGAAGGCGGGUCGACUGAUCAGGCGGGUCCGCGUUGCCCAAAGCGGCUCGCGGGGAACGUGUUUGAGCCUCCUUCGGUGCUGGACUGGCGGGUGCGCGAGCGCGAUAUCCGUCCCUCGCCCUCCUUCUUCCUCCACCGCCUCCUCGGCGCGGGCGAGGAUGCGGUGCGCGCGGACUUUACUGCGCUGCUCGCGGGCCGGUCAUUCGAGGCGGUGCUGCCGAACGUGUGGUCGCAGUACCUCUCCGACAUGCGUCUCCUCGACGCCCUCGCGCAGCACUCGGAGCGGCGCCGAGCGGCCAGCGAGGCCGAGUGGCAGGUGGUCGACUGCGCGGCGUACACCUCCCGCGUGCUCGGCAGCGUCACCAACCGCACCGAGGCGCAUCACGAGCGGAUGCAGGCGCUGCUCGGCGCGCUGCUCGCGAAUCCGCUGUGGAGCGACCGGCGCGCAAAGUGGCUCUUCAUCCAGCCGCAUUACGACCUGAGAGGGACUGUCGGCCGGAAGCUGGCCGAGGCCCUCGUCAUUCUCGCGACCGUCGACCGCGACGGGGCGCACAUCGGAAGCCAGAUGCCCUACUUCGACCUCUACCGCCGCGCGGUGAUGGUGCCGCACGUCGCGACGCCGGAGCUCGCACGGACGGCCCGGCUCUGCCUUCCCGGCUCCUGCCCCGCCGACGCGUCACGCCGAGGCUACCUCUUC